UUGUUUUAAAGAAGUCCUGCCAUAGUAGCAAGUACUAAUUCCAUUUAUUUAGCAUUGUUUAGUACUCUUAGUUUUAGGCCCUACCGUUUAAUUAACUACUGCAAGUUUGUGCAUACAAUUUAUUUGUUAUUCUGUAUGUUUUUUCAGAUCGAAUAAAGCUAUAAGCAUAUUAUAUACGGUCUCGCAGGGCUUCAUUUCUUAUCAAUUUCUUUGGACGAUCCAUUCAUUCGAUUACUGUUUGCUAACCUGGGAUAUACAAGGAAUUUGAUGUCGGAAAAUGGCGACUGAUGGUAACAUAAAGGAUUUAAAAAUCAAACGGCGUAAUGCAAAGGCUGCAUUGACUCGACAAGGAAAUGCUAUUUACCUGAUGAUGCAAGAGCACCAGGCUCCAGAAGAGGUAAGAUCACAACUGCAAAGGCUAGAAGUAGCAUUUGAUGAUCUCGUUAAAAAGCAUGAGGUAUACACAGAGCUCAUUGACAAUGAAGAGGAAUUUAAUAACGAAGAAGCAUGGCUAGCUGAAUGUCAACACAGGUUUAUAUCAACCCAUGGUGAUGCCAGGAAGUACUUAGACACGGACAAAAAUGAGGAAAAAUUGUUACAGUUAAACAGACGGAAGAACCAAGCACAGAUACCAGCACAGAAGUUGUGCAACCAGAAAAUGAUUCCAAUCAAGAGGAGGGCAUAAAUGAAAUCAUUGACCAAAGUGUAGCCGAGCCACCUACAGAAACGGCAGAGAAUAAUCAGGCAACGGAAACAGUACAAUCACCAGCCGCAGCCCAAACCAGUCAAACUGAACCAUGUGCGUUGAAAAUGGAACGACCAAAAAUGCCAAAGUUUGCAGGUAAUGUCAGAGAAUUUUAUACAUUUCGGUCUGUCUUUAAACAUAUUGUCGACAGUAGGUACAAGAAGCAUGAUGCCAUCACAUUGCUGCGAUCUAGUUUGGAAGGGAAGCCACUGGAUUUGAUAAAGGGAAUGGGAAAGGACUACGAUGCUGCCUGGGAGUAUCUGGACACCAUAUAUGGUGAUCCCCACAUCGUAGCCGACACUAUAACCCAGGACAUAGUAAAUUUCAAACCAAUAAAGGAAGGUGAAGAUGCAAGGUUUUGCGAACUUGUCCACAUGGAAACGAAGUUAUAACACGCUACAGGAAGUUGGAAGACCAAACGACAUGGACAACAAUCACAUGUUGGCCAUAAUUGAACAGAAACUGGAGGGUGAUGACCGAAAGGUCUGGGCAAGAUGUUUGGAGCGAGAUUCCCAACCUGCAACACUGGAAAACAUGAUGCUGUGAAUGACAUCAGUAAUGAAAUCUCGUAUGCGUGCAACAGCACCAUUAAGGGAACC